CCUAACUCACUAUCGGUCCCUCUUGUACUACUUCUUCUCCUCCUCACUCCUGACUCCUCACUCCUCCUUCUUUCCUGCGCUUUGGCAUACUACUCGCAUUCCUCUACUCUCUUUCUCUCUCGGCAUCUUUCGCAGUCAGACCCAACACGUCAGUUCCUCGCCCCUCGCCUCUCUCUGCCUUAUUGCUACCCAGACUCGCCCCGCUCAUCGCUUCCCCGCUUCAACCUUGGGGAAAGCUUCGACCUUCAACACCUGGACUUUUCUCGCCGCCUGACUCUCCUCAACCCCGUUCUUACACUCUUUAAGAUAGAAGUCAUCUUUGAGAUCUCGAAACUUGUCAAUCAGUCAAGAUGAGCAGCCCCAAGCGGAGAAUUGAGACCGAUGUCAUGAAGUACGCGAUGUUGAUGAGUGACUACGAGGUGACUCUGGUCAAUGAUAACAGGCAAGAAUUCUACGUGCGCUUUAAGGGUCCCGAGGAGACGCCGUUCGCUGGUGGCCACUGGAAAAUUCACGUCGAGCUCCCCGACCAAUACCCGUACAAGAGUCCCAGUAUCGGCUUCGUCAAUCGGAUCUUCCAUCCGAACAUUGAUGAACUCUCCGGCUCCGUCUGCCUCGACGUCAUCAACCAGACCUGGUCACCCAUGUACGACAUGAUCAACAUCUUCGAGGUCUUCCUCCCCCAGCUCCUCCGUUACCCCAAUCCGUCCGAUCCCCUCAACGGGGAAGCAGCGGCCAUGCUCAUGCGCGAACCUAAAACCUAUGAUGUCAAAGUGAAAGAAUACGUCGCCAAGUACGCCAGCAAAGAGGCCGUCGACGAAGCCGGAGAGGAUACCGAGUCGGAAGACGAGCUCAGUUCGGCCGGAAGCUACGAAUCCGGCGGCGAGGAACCGGCCGGAACGAUGGAUGAUGUUUAGCCCGUCUUCCAUCUAUCGAUGCCGCUCACCUUUCAUUACCCCCACGCACCUUCCGUUCUUGGUUUGGGCAUUAUACUCCAUCUACAUCGCAUUGGCAUUGCCGUCGUCCUUGUUUCCUUCCGUCUGUUUCUUCUACCUCCCGGUUUGCGAUUGAAUAUCUGAGAUGAACCAUCCCCGGUGUCCGGCUGGAAGGCGUUUUCACGGCGGAGUCAUGUUUCCCUGAUGUUUACCGGCGCAAAUGGAUAUCUUAUCUUCUUUUAUCCCAUGGGGACGAGGGUUCAGCCAGUCAAUGUACCUGGUUACUCAGGUGUUGAGUACUCAUCUCCCUGCCACUGUUCCUUCAAGUUCUUGUGUUUCAUCUUUCUACUCUCUGCCAAAGAUAGUACAGGAAAUCCAAGCUCCAUGACUGUAUAUUAAAGCAUGAAUGCCAUGUCAUUCGG